UUUGUGAUUUGAUUUGUGUGCAUAGAAAAUAUAGUACUUCUAUAUUUUCUAUGUUUGUGACAUUGCAACUGAAAAAGGAAUUGUAGAAUUAUUUUUUUAGAAAAAAAUCUUGAGAGUAGUAGUUAUGUCGAAAAGAUUGUUAAAUGCCUUGGAGUAUCCUCAAGCAGAUUCUUUAAAUUUAAAUGAUCCAAUUACUUUUAAAAAGAUUGUUGUUUGGCUAGAGACUAACAGGAUUAAACGUGCACCGCCAAAUAUUUUUAAUGCUCUGAAAAAUAUUAACGGAGGGGAUUGGGAUAAUGUUUUCAUCAAAUAUAAAGAUGGACUUGGAUGUCCAGUCCUAGAAACCAAGUUAGAAGAGUUACAGUGGUUAUUAGGUUAUGCUGUACAAAUUGCAACAUCUGCAAACCGAAAUUUAUACUUAAAAUAUGCAGUAGAAAAUAUUCAAACCACUAACGCUCCUACUGUUGUGGCAGAAAAUCCUCUAGAUAAACUAGAUUUUCGAAGUAAAGAAUUUGCAAAUGGAAUUAAUGAAUUAGCUAAAAUCUUGAAAGUGGUACCUCACCCUGAUCCACUGAUUACCUUACGUGCAGUAAGAAAAGUUAUAACAAAUAGGAUGGCCCCAGACCGAGUGGAAAAUCCACAAAAAUAUAUUGUCGAGGGAACUCCAUUUCCUUUUCAAGAAGCAGAUUUGGGUUUUGAUUUAAAUGAUCCUGUUCUAAAUAAUGCAGCGAAAAUUUUAAGGAUGCUGUAUAUACACGAUGUUAGAGAUUUACAGACAAAAGCAAAUGAAUUGAUUGUAGCAGCUCAAAGUGUUACUGCAAAUCCCAAAACUGACACUAGAUUAGGAAAAGUAGGAUUUUAAUUAAAAGUAGUUUAAUUUAUAAAAUAUAAGAAAUUAUUUAAUCAUG